GUAGUUUUGAAUAAACAAAGGAAAUGAAAGUCCGGCGAUUACCCAACCUUUGAAGAAUACCAAACCUUGCCUCUUUUCUCUUCUAUACCAUACUAUACAACUCGAUUAUGAUUUUGAUGAAGAUAGAUGAGGUGCACCAAGUCAAUACUGGGAAACAAUCCCUUUCCUUCUCUCCCAAACCUUCAAUCUAGCUCAUUCAUCUUCUCAAGCAAGGUAUAUAUAUCUCACAUUCUCAGUACAGUAACCCCUAUAAAUAAUAUCACCUCAAUUCUCACAUCUUCACAAAUCAAACCCCAAUUAACAUUCUCUUCUUCUUUAUCUCAUUCAUUAUUAUGUCUGAACAAAAAGACUCUGCUCCUGCCUCUGCUACCCCUGUUCCAUUCAAAUACUCUACCCGGGUUGUGUUGAAAACGAUACUUGAAUCGGGUGACACCCUGGGAUUUGUUGGGCAGAGAGUUGUGGUUGGUGGGUGGGUUAAGUCUUCUAAAGAGGUUAGGAAAGAGCCCUCUCCCGCGGCUGACCAACCGCCCGCCGCUACGGUUGAUCAGUAUGUGGGUGCUAAUCCGGGUCGGAGUCCGAGUGGCGAUGUUUCUUGCUCUGAGAUUCUUCAAUCUCGGAUACCCUUUAUAAGAUCCAUCUUGAAAAUGUUGGGAGGAGGAGGGAAUUACUCUGUUCGUGAUAAAUUAGAGGUGUCUUCAGCUCCAAGGCCACCUCCUCCUUCCAUCUCUUUUUUGCAGAUUAAUGAUGGUUCUUGCGUUUCAACUCUUCUGGUUGUUGUAGAUUCUUCUAUAGCUUCCCCUUGUCAGAUUCUACAUACUGGAACUUGUAUAGUUGCAGAAGGUGAAAUCAAGAGGUGUUCAACUGAGGGAAAACAUGUCAUAGAACUCAAAGUUGAGAGAAUACUUCAUAUAGGAAGAGUUGAAUAUGAUAAGUAUCCAUUAUCAAAGAAGCAACUUCCAUUGAAUCAGUUAAGAGAAUGUCCUCAUUUUCGACCUCGAACAACAACUGUGGCAACCGUUAUGCGAAUUCGUAGUGCAUUGAGUUUUGCAGCUCAUACUUUCAACCAAAACAAUGGAUUUCUAUGUGUACAAGUACCAAUCAUAACAAUCACAGACAGUGAAGGUUUCAGUGAAAAGUUUCAGAUUACAAAUGGGGUUUUUGAGAAAUUAAUUAUGAGUAAGAAAGAUGAGCCGAAGAUGAUAGAUGACACUGAAAAUGUUAGUCUUGAUGUUAUUAAAGCUGUUGUUAAGGAGAAAAGUAAGAUAGUUGAGGAGCUUAAAAGGACUGAUAGUAAUAGAGAAGCAUUAAUUGCUGCAACAAAGGAUUUACAGAAAACUUCUGAGCUAGCUGCACAGUUAGAAGCUAAAGAAAAAUCCAAAUCAAAGAGUUUCUCAAAGGCAGCUGAUCAUAAUCAUCACACUACUACUACAGCUUCUGAUAACUUUUUCUCUGCUCAAACUCAUCUGACUGUUUCUGGUCGUCUUCAUUUGGAGAGCUAUGCAUCUUCUCUUGGGAAUGUCUAUGCAUUUGGACCGAGAUUUCGAGCAAUUAAAACCGAGUCUCCAAAACAAGUAGCAGAAAUGUGGACAGUUGAGAUGGAAAUGGCCUUUUCACAAUUAGAGGAUGCUAUGAAUUGUGCUGAAGACUUUUUCAAGUUCUUAUGCAAGUGGCUUUUGGAAAAAUGUUCUGAAGAUAUGAAAUUUGUCCUGAAAAGAAUGGACAAAAACUGCAUCGAACGCCUUCAUUUAGUUAUACUGAAUUCAGCUCUAAGGAUCUCUUACACUGAAGCAUUAGAAGCUAUGAAGAAACAUUCUGCUGAUAAGAAAAUGGAAAAAAAACUUGAAUGGGGUGCUGCACUAACAACAGAACAUCUAAGUUAUUUGGUUGAUGAGAUGUACAAAAGGCCUGUAAUCAUAUACAACUAUCCAAAACAAGUUAAGCCAUUUUAUGUUCGCCAAAACGACGAUGGAAGAACAGUUGCAGCAUUUGAUUUGGUGGUACCAAAGGUUGGAGUUUUAGUUUCGGGGAGCCAAAAUGAGGAGCGCUUCAAUGUGUUAAGCACAAGGAUUAAGGAGCUGGGAUUGGGAGCUGAGCAGUAUGAAUGGUACUUGGAUCUUCGGCGCCAUGGAACAGUCAAGCAUGCUGGCUUCAGUUUCGGGUUUGAUCUUAUGGUUCUCUUUGCCACUGGCCUUGCUGAUGCUAGAGAUGUUAUCCCCUUUCCAAGAAGUUAUGGAAAAAUCAGCAACUGAUUUAGUUUCUGUAAAAGAUCAAAUCCAGAUAGGGAAACAUGUAAAAACAUAUACAUCCUGUAAAGAUUCUUAUUGAAAAAUUGAAUAAGGCUCAAAUGAGCAAAUAUACUUGUACACAUGAUGAAAUAAGUGAAAGUAAUAAAGUUCCUACAUUAGUUGUUA